AGUCUGGUCCCUGUCGUGCCGAGCUUCCUGCAUCUCCGUCAGUCGUGCCGAUACAGCGAUGCCCAGCAGAGACGCGAUAGCGGCCGGCCGCACGUCUCUCCCCUCCCCUCCGUGUAGCCGAGUCGGAGGAAUUGAGCAUCCGCAACACACCGUCAUGUCCCUCCAUGGCCGUCGGCGCUAUCGCUCCAUGCUCCCUGUGGCAGCAGACAUUGACCGGGAAUUUCCUUGCCCGACCACCCGGCAUGGCCGGCGAGCGGAACGGCGGGGCGCUGUGGAGAAUCUUGCCGACGGAAGGCGCGUCCGCGCGCAAGCUCCAACCGGACAUCUCGUCACUCCAGGGAAGAAACUCGAUCCGGCGAUUGGAAGGAAGAUCUGCGACGCGACGCGGCCACGCAGGGAAUCAAGGGAAAUGAUGACCAUUUUGCUUCUACACUAGUCUAGAGCACACGCUACUUAUUUGGUCAACAAGAAAGCGAAGGUUCCAAAGUGCACUCACGAGAAG